AUGGCCGAUCAAACAGCAACGCUCAGCGCCCUCCUUCGUAAUUCUUCAAUUACAGACCAUGAAGAGAUCCUCAAAGCUACAAAUGACGUAUUAAAGACUUCUAAACUCGACCCCGAUGCCUUGCAUACCCGCGCUAUUGCUCUCCUCAAACUUGAUCGAUUCGACGAUGCACUAAAAGCCCUCGACGAAGGUGGAGAUAAAUUGGCUUCUCAAUGUAUUCUCGAACGCGCUUAUGCUCUCUACAAGACAGGGAAACUGGCAGAUGCGGCGAAAGUAUGUGAAGAGGGUAACAGUAGGGGCUUGAAACAUGUUGCUGCGCAGGUUGCGUAUCGUGCUGAAAGGUUUGCGGAUGCGGAAAAAAUUUACAAGCAGCUUGUAGAAAGUGCAGGAGCUGAAGUUGAGGAUAUGGAUUUGAGGAUUAAUGGACUAGCUGUGGAAGCGCAAUUGGCGUGGCAAGGCGGGAAAGGUGAAUUGAAAAGCAGAAAUGAAGAUCUAGAGACGUUCGAAACUUCGUACAAUGUUGCUUGCGGGUACAUUGCUAAGGGUGAUUAUAACAAAGCAAACUUCCUGUUGAAGCGGGCAAGGGAUUUGUGUGAGGCUCUGGACGAAUUGAGUGAUGAUGAAAAGAGGGCAGAAGUUUUACCUAUUAUGGUACAACAGGCAUUUGUGCUGACGAAGUUGGGCAAAACUGCGGAGGUCGAGGUAUUAAGAAAGAUGAUUACACUCGCUGAUGUACCCGAACCUCAAACCAGAAUCAUUGCCCAAAAUAAUGCCUUAGCUACAUCAACCGAUAUCGAAAAUCCCUACCUCGUGAAACGGAUUUUUGACUCAGUCCCCAACUUGUCGCAUAGAGAGAAGCAAUUUGAGCACCAAGCGAACAUUCUGGAACGAAAUCAUUACACAAUUGAACUCCAGGCUUUGAAGUAUGGGGGAGUAGCGAAGUCUACAUUGUCAGCAAUCUCAAAAUCGCCAUCACCAACUGUCUCACCAUCGAUCAACAGCCUCUCCGUUCUUAACGCUGCGGCUCAUGCAGAAGACAAAGCGGGAAAAGCCGCAUUAAAGCAGAUACUACGACUACUCGAGAAACGACCAAAUGAUGUUGGGUUAAUCCUUACGAUUAUACAACUUUACGUUUUGACGAAUAACCCUGGCUCAGCGAUUGCCCUUCUAGAAGCAUUCUUCAAGCGUCUCGAGGAGUCUACUAAUUCCUCAGAUCAAGAUGUUCGAUAUGCACCUGGUUUAGUAGCGCUUCUCGUCUCUCUCUAUCGUUCAACAGGUCGCACGGCCCCUAUAAAAGCCGAGCUUGGAAAAUCAGCUUCUUAUUGGCGGCAGAAAUCAGAACCCUCCCCUUCUCUAUUCCACGCAGCAGGUAUUUCCCUACUUGAGUCUCCUGAUCCUGAAGAUUCCAAAGCAGCAGGCGAAAUUUUCUCUUCACUUCGCUCUCAAGAUUCUACCGAUCGUAUCGCAAUCGCCGGAUGUGUCGCUUCAUACGCUUCAUCCGACUUCUCCAAAAUCUCCUCAGACCUCGAUACCCUUACACCAAUUCCCCAACUCAUCUCUGAUAUCGACGCUGAAGAAUUAGAAAAUGCCGGUAUCCCAACGCUACCAUCCAAUAACGCCCCAGUGUCUUCCGCAGAAUCACUCAAUCUAUUAAAGAAACGCGCCUUAGAUGAGAAAGAAAAUGAUGCUCCAGCUAAAAAGCAAAAGACGAUAGGGACGCGCAAGUCUAAAUUACCAAGGGAUUUCGAGGAGGGUAAGAAAAUGGAUCCGGAGAGAUGGUUACCGCUUAAAGAUAGAAGUUCUUAUAGACCAAAGGGGAAGAAGGGAAAGAAAAAGGCUAUGGAUACCACUCAAGGAGGUGUUGUAAGGGAAGAUGCCCUUGAAGGUGUCGAGGCACCGGGUAGUGGGAAGGUUGUCACAGGUGGCGGGGCUGCAAAAGGAAAAAAGAAGAAGGGGAAGCGGUAG